AUGUAUUUUUUAAUCAGAUAUAUAAUUGAUAUAUUAUACUUUUUAAAUCAAAAGUUUCGGUUAAUUUCAGAUUUAAUAGUUGGUAUUUAUUUCCAACCCAAAUUUGAUAUUGUUUUAAUAACUGGUGGAUCAAAUGGAUUAGGUAAAGAAUUAGUUUCAAUUUUAGCCGCCAAAAGUACUAAAAUUGUAGUUUUAGAUAUAAAUUUGCCAGAAGAACCAAAUAAGUAUGAGAAUGUACAUUAUUAUCAAUGCGAUGUAUCUGAUAGGCAUCAAAUAUUUGAAGUUCAGAAGCUUAUAAAAAAGGAAAUUGGAAUUAUAACAGUUUUAAUUAAUAAUGCAGGUAUUUCACACGGAAAAACAAUUUUAGAUUUAUCGUUUAAUGAAAUUGAACAAACUAUUCAAACAAAUCUUCUAUCAUCAUUUUAUACAAUUAAAACUUUUUUACCAGAUAUGUUGGCCAAAAAACGUGGUUAUAUAAUUACAAUUGCUUCUAUUUUAGGUUAUAUGUCUCCUGCAAGAUUAUCAGCUUAUGGAGCUAGUAAAUCUGGUUUAAUUGCAUUACAUGAAUCAUUAACUUAUGAAUUGGGACCACCAAGUUUAAAUCCAUAUGGUAUUAAAACAUUAUUAGUUUGUCCUGGUCAAUUAAAAACUAAAAUGUUUGAAAAUGUUAAAACUCCAAGUACGAUAUUAGCUCCCGAAUUAGAACCAAAAUUUGUUGCUUCUUAUGUUAUUAAAUCCAUUGAACAAGGUAGAAGAGGUGAAAUUAAAUUACCAAUGUAUGGGAAAUUAAUACCAAUUUUUAGAGCUUUUCCAUGGCCAUUAGUUGAAAUUACAAGAAAAUUUUCUGGAAUAGAUAAAAGUAUUAAAAGAAUAGCAAAUAGUGUUACUUCUAGUGUUUCUUCAUUAAUUGGUUCUGCAAGAACUCAAGAUUCAGAUAUACAAAUUUAA